ACGUGCAGUGGCAGGCUGUUAUGGAGAUUGUAGGACUUUAAACGUAGAACGUCCUGGAAACGUUUAACGUAAUAACUCUUCAUAGCUGCAGUUCGAGUUAGUUUCUGGGGGUUUGAGGCUUUGUGUUACGUGUUUGGGCGUUUUAAAAAACUGGCUGUGAGUCGAUAAGAGUACCAGCCUCUACUUGUAACGUUAGCUGAGCUCAAACUUUAACUUCCUUCCUUGUUUACAAAUGGCAAGACAAGGAAAAUCCAGACACAAGGUGGUCUCGUCAGGCAGACUGACAGGCUGUGGGCGGGGACAAGUGAACAAGAAAACGGUUGUUGGAAGACAUGCAGCACCUCUUGAACCAGCAUAUUCCCUUUACUCCACUGAUUCAGAAGAUCAGGUGACAACAAUACACAAAGGCUUGGAUCGCUGUGCAGCUUUGCUCAGUGGUAUACUUCAUUCUGAGAAAACAGACACAACAGAAUCCAAGUCAAAGUCACAAGUCCCAAAGACAGUUUCUUCCAAAUUAAAAUCUAAGGGGAUACAUGGCAAAGUGGACACAGAGAAGAAGAGGCUUGGAAAGAAGUCAAGCUCAGUCUCACAUAUAACCAAAAAACCAGCUGUAGUGCAGAAGACUAUCUUGUCCUCCCAGACUUACCCAGGCCUAAGACAACAGCCCAUUGCUGUUGAUGUAGUACAUGGGUUAGAAGUCAAGCCAACCGCACAGACCCCAGCCACACAAUCAGAGCAUAUUCAGCCUCAUUCUCUUCCGUUGUUGUGCCCAGUGUCUGGAGGCAGCAACAGCCUUCCAUCAACAGGACUCCAGCCCUCUACUGUGUUUAAUUGUCGUCUGACCACUUCUACUCCAGUACUGAGCCCUCAGAGACCCACGUCAGCUCACAGUCAAGCGUCUCAUAGAGAGACAGAUGGAGAAAUGCAUUACUUCACUCAGCAGUGGGACGUAGCCACUGAAGGACAAUCACGACAACAUGGAGCUUUAAACACUGCAGUCCCACCAACCCAGUACACGGCUUUGCUCUCUGUGGCACCAGCUGUCCAGCGGCAUCCUGUGGCCUCCACAGUGUCUGCUGUACACCAGGCCUCCAUACAUCCAGCGGCAAAAGGGGAGCUUAGAGUGCCCAGCCCCCUCUUAAGUGCACCGCAUGUUCUGUCAGUUGGGCAGAGUGCUCCCCUACAGUCUCAGAACGCAUCUCAGUCUUGUCCUUCACCUACAGUGGCAGCACAUAUACCCACCCAGGUACCAAUCACCAGCCACCCCCAAACUUAUCCACAACCAGUCCUGGUGCAUUCCAGUCACCAGGAGCAGAGCUCAGGAGCUGAGGAGAGCUCCGAGGAGAGUGGAGGUUGCACCAGUGAGGAGGAUGAGCUGGCUGGAGUAGACACCACACCGGUCAGAGAUACAAGCUGUCAGACCAGCAUGAAGAAGCACACAGUACAGUCCAGCCCAGAAAAGACAGCCAGGAAAGUCAUGACUGUCAAAUAUCUACUCGGUGAGCUGAAGACUCUGGUAGCUAAUCAAGACAGCGAGGCAGUGCGUCUCAUCUCGGAGGUGGAGCAGAGCAUCUCCCUUCUACCUGCAAUGGUGGGCAGCACCAAUGUGCAGGCUGAGCUUGCACUGGCCUUACAGCCGCUCAGGAGUGAGAAUGUGCAGCUCCGCAGGCGUUUGAGGAUAUUGAAUCAACAGUUAAUGGAGCGGGAGAGAGCUGAAAGGCAGGCCAGAUCAGUAGACUGCAAUCUGGAAUUGGCCACACUGCAGUCCCUAAACAUCACACUUCAAACUCAGUUAAAUGACAGCCAUAGGGAGCUGGGAAACCUUCAGCAGGAGAACCAAAGACUACAGCAGGCUUUGGAGGACAAAGAGAAUGACCUGCAGCAGAGCAAAGAGCAGUGCGAGUUAGAGACCAGUCGCGUACGCUUAGAUGUGAGUGAGGCAUUGGCUGAAAUGAGAAACUGCAAGGCUAAGCUGGAAGACUCAGAAAGGGAAAACACUGCACUGACACAGAGCCUCCAGCAGAAGGAGGCAGAGAUCACAAGACUACAAGAGAUCAUUAGAAAUCUCCAGAAGAGGCCUACUAGAGAAAUUGCCUGCCAGCUUACUCAGACAGAGGUGCCCAAUCCUCCCUCUCAGCUCACCAAGAGUGUUCUAGAUCUCUACGAGAAUCAACAGAAAGAGACUGCUGUGACUGACCCAGUCUCAGACUCCAUUAAGACCUACCUCCAGACUCUGGGGGACACAGGACACAGCGCUUCCCCUCAGAAGUCUCAUCCACAACCCCACAGCUUCUCACCCUCCUCCCAUUGCCAGUGGAGGGGUAGAGAAGAGAGCUGUAGAGCGUGUGAGACAAAAGCAAUUUCACCCAAACGUCUGGCAGUACCCAGGCCAGCACAGGACACUUCAGCUGGGGGUGGGACUCAGGAAGCAGUGAGGAGUGAAAGUGGAACAGCUUUUGUCCCUCUUAAAGAGACACUGAAAGUGCACCCCGCAGCAACAUUAACCCAGAAUUGCUCUCGCAUGCAGACUAAUGAGAGGAAUCGGGUUGAUGAAGUAAAUGAGCAUCCAGGACUGAAGUACUUGGGCCUUGCUUUUGAAAAACUUGGCAUAGUAAAUGGACCCCCAGCUCAAGACCUCAAAACUCUGGAUGAUAAUCGUGGUAAAGAUUUCCUCUCACAUGCUGAUGGUGUGGGCUCACAGCUGAAACGCUCCGGUGAGGGUACAGUUAACUUUGCAGAGCAGUCCCAGAAUGCUCGCCGCUGUCUGAAGAUGGGUGAAGCAUCAAUGUGCAUGGGAAGGCCAUCAGUGUUUGAGAACACUGUUUCCUCCUGUGAUAUAAAAUCCUUAGCUUCGGACUGGAGCUUGAACUCCUGGUCUACGUUUAACACGCGUGACGAGCAGGACUUCCGCAACGGUUUAGCAGCUCUGGAUGCCAGUAUUGAAAGUCUACAGAAGACCUUGAAAGCUGAUUUGAAGCUGAAAUGA